GUUCAGUUCACCACCAUGCCCAUCGCCCCCGAGGAGUUGCUGGGGCUGAAGGAACACAUGGAGCCCCCGCCGCCAUCCCCAUCCGUCUACCUUGACAUUCCUCCGUCGCCCUAUGGCGGCAGUGUCGGGGACCUGGUGCUCCCAUACAUCACUCGCAUGCUGAUGGAGGAGGACAUCGACGACAGGUUCUUCUACCAGUACCCAGACCAUCUUGCCUUCCUCCAGGCGCAGCAGCAAUUUACCCAAAUUCUUGAUGAUGCCAAGAACUUACUGUCCGGCGAAGGUGGCGACAUGGAGAAGAUGCAUUCUGAUGCGUCUUUGCAGGGUAUUCGUGGAGGUAGCAUGUGCUUGGCUGACAAGGACGUCCCGAGUUGGACGUUCUCGGAUGGUGCUGAGGUGUACAAUAAUGGUGAUCAGAGCAAACUCAACCGCUCCAAUGAAGCCAUGCUUAACUUUGCAUUCUUGAAAGGCAUGGAGGAGGCCAACAAGUUCUUGCCUAGAGACAACCAACCGCAGGCUGAUGUCUUCAGCGUCGACCAAGCGAAGGAGAUUUUUGGGCGAAGCAUUAGUGGUGGGGGACGGAAGGGUCAGCGUGAUGUGGACAAGCUGGAGGAAGUGGUGGGCAGGGCCAGCAAACUGCUGAUGCCGGAGCUGGAAGAGGAUGGCGCCAGCGAGAUGAUCAACAAAAUAAUGCUGAAUAGUUACGAACUAUGUGGGGAGACCAUGGAGGAGCUGCAAAUCACCAUGGAGAACAUCAGAGCUGAUAGAAAAAAUAAGAAGGCGGUGCGGGGAAAGCAGGGAAAGAAAGAGGCGGUGGACCUGCGCGGGCUGUUGCUAUGCUGCGCACAGGAGGUGGCCACCGGCAACCGUCAUGGCGCGGGCAAUCUGCUGAAACAGAUCAGGCAACAUGCUUCCGCAACAGGAGAUGCCGCUCAGCGGCUGGCGUAUUGUUUCGCCAAGGGGCUUGAGGCCCGGCUGGCGGGCACUGGGAGCCAGGUGUACAAGUCACUCAUGGCGAAGCACACCUCGACCAUGGAGUUCCUCAAAGGUUACGAGCUGUUCAUGGCAGCCUGCUCCUUCAAAAGGGUGGCGUUCACAUUCUCCAGCAUGACCAUCUUCGAUGCCGUGGAAGGGAAGAGCAAGUUGCACAUUGUGGAUUAUGGCUUGCAUUAUGGGUGCCAGUGGCCGGGCCUGCUGGCUUGGCUGGCGACCAGGGACGGCGGGCCACCGGAGGUGAGGAUCACCGGGAUUGACCUCCCGCAGCCCGGGUUCCGCCCGGCUAAGAGGCUUGAGGAGACAGGGCGGGCACUCAGCAACUGUGCCCGUCAGUUUGGCUUGCCGUUCAAGUUCCAUGCCAUCGCGGCCAAGUGGGAGACUAUCCGUGCCGAGGACCUCAACAUCGACCCUGACGAGGUGCUUGUGGUGAAUGACCUGUUCAAUUUCAACACCUUGAUGGACGAAAGCCUUGUUAUCGACAGACCCAGCCCCAGGGAUGUGGUCCUCAGCAACAUCCGGGAGAUGCAGCCAGAUGUGUUCGUCCAAGGUGUUGUGAAUGGUUCUAGCGGCCCAUUUUUCUUGGCCCGGUUCCGGGAGGCACUCUUCUUUUACUCAUCGGUGUUCGACAUGCUUGACACCACCACACCGCCAGAGAGCUACGAGCGCUUCGUUCUCGAGCGGGACAUGUUCGGGCAGUGUGCCCUGAAUACUAUCGCCUGCGAGAGUGCAGACCGGGUAGAGCGUCCCGAGACAUACAAACAGUGGCAGCUGAGAAACCAACGUGCAAGCCUCAGACAGCUGCCACUGAAGCCGAUUAUCACCAAGGUGGCAACAGGCAAGGUCAAGAGCCUGUACCACAAGGAGUUUGUUGUGGAUGUGGAUCAGGGGUGGUUGCUGCAGGGGUGGAAGGGCCGCAUCCUAUAUGCUCACUCGGCGUGGGUGGCAGACGACACUAGCUCCGAGUAUUAGCUGCCUUUUUCUGCCUAUAAGAGGUUAAUCUUUGGACAUUAGUAGUACUUAUGAGAUACAACUGGGGCAUCCCCUCCUGUUUCCUCCAACCAUCUUAAAUUUCGCUCUUAGACACGAAUAUGAAUAACACCAGGGUGCCACUGCCGCAUGCUAAAUGUCUCCUGUAAGCUGCCUUAAAGUUACAUUUUUUUUAGACAUUAAGUUUCAAUUUGAUGAGUAAAGACUUGAUGUAAAGGUCAAUUGUUGUUGCAGCAGCAGAUGUUUAUGUGCUUCCACUCAUUCUUCUUCUUCUUCAGUUAUCUCAUUAAGACAUGAUACCCGAAGAAGAUAUAUAAUCUGUAGUCUUGUAAGAGGACCAAUAAAUUCAGUGUCAUAUGUAAAAGGAUUACUGGAAAUUGUUCAAAGAAAAAGGAUAACUGAAAUGUAUUGAAUUUGUAAUUUCUUUCUCUGCGUUUUCAUCUUACAAAUCCGUUUGCCUACUUGCAGGUGUCCAAG